GACAGACGGACGUACAACAAAGUGCUCCUAUAAGCGUUCCGUUUUUUUCCUAUGAGGUACGGAACCCUAAAGAACUGUUAACUGCUUUUAUCUAACUUUUGUUUACUUUAAAUUAUUAAUCGCCAUGUGUUAUUUAACCUUCACAUCUGUGAUUCUUAAUUUUAAAAAGACAAUAUUCGUAAUUGUAAAUGUUUAUGCAGUCUUACUAGCGCUUAUCAGUUGUAUGAUAACCCACACAAUUCUGAAGGUAACGAGUAGCAUCCGUUGUUUACUUAUUUCAAUGAAUUUUCCAUUUAGCUUCAUUAUAAAUUAAUUCAGUUAUUACUUUGACUUUGGUUAAAGGCGACUUAAAGGCGGGUACAAGAAAGAGUUAUUGAAAAAAAUGUUACGUGAAAGAGACAGCGAUAUGUUUUGUUGCAUUAUCUAAGUUCAUUGAACAAGUACGGUUUUGUUCGCGAAGAUCGACCGUGAACCUGAAGUUACGCUCAAAAAUAGUGUCUUAGUAACUGUGAAAUUCUAUCAGUAUUAUGUAUCUGUAAAUAUACGUGGAACGAGCUUAUAAGUGGGACCCAAAUAAGACUGUUUCAAAUUAUAAUAUGUCAGUGAUAGUUGAGAAAGUGGACGGGAUGAAUCCCGCGGAACCAUCAUCGUUAUUAUCAGAGACUGAUUCUUGUACAAGAUUAGAUGUAGCUGGCAGUGUGAUGGACGGCUUGAAAGAAGAAAUGGACGGUGUUAAAUACACUGUGUACAAAUCUAGAUGGUUGAUGCUCGUGUUAUUUGUGAUAUAUUCUGCGUCAAACUCGUUGCAGUGGACCCAGUAUACGAUAAUACAGGAUGUAGUUGUGAAGUACUAUAGUGUGCCGAGUACAGUUGUGUCGUGGACCUCCAUGGUGUAUAUGAUAACAUAUGUGCCUCUCAUAUUUCCUGCCAGCUGGCUACUGGAUAAAACGGGUCUCCGUGUGACGACUAUCAUCGGUUCUUUCGGGACAUGUCUGGGUGCAUGGCUGAAGGUGUUCUCAGUGCCACAGGACAUGUUCUGGCUGGGUUUUGCUGGCCAGACUGUGGUUGCUGUGUCUCAGGUCUUCAUAUUGAAUGUACCACCCCGACUUGCCGCUGUGUGGUUUGGAGCCGACCAGGUAUCAUCUGCCUGCAGUAUCGGUGUAUUUGGUAAUCAGUUGGGAGUGGCGCUGGGUUUCCUGCUGCCGCCGAUGCUGGUCCGUGCGACUGGCACCCCGGACGAGAUGGCGGCUGACUUCCGACUUAUGUUCUACCUCGUUGCCGGAUUUACCAGCGUUCUCUUUGUAUUCAUCCUGCUCUUCUUUAAGGCUGCCCCGCCGACACCGCCGUCUGCCGCCGCGGACCUAGGCUCCAGCUUGGACUCGAACUUCCUGCAGUCCAUCCGCAAGCUGUUCAUGAACCGCAACUAUGUGCUGCUGCUGCUCUCCUACGGCCUCAACGUCGGCGUUUUCUAUGCCAUCUCGACGCUGCUCAACCAAGUCGUGCUCACUUAUUAUCCGGGUGCAAACGAGGACGCUGGACGUAUCGGUCUGGUGAUUGUGGUGGCUGGUAUGGCGGGCUCCGUGGUGUGCGGGCUGAUACUGGACCGUACGCAUCGCUUUAAGGAGACCACGCUCGCUGUCUACGUUGCCUCAGUGCUUGGCAUGCUCAUCUUCACCUUCACCCUUGACUGUGGCAUCAUCGCUGUCGUCUAUCUUAGCAGCAUUUUACUCGGCUUCUUCAUGACCGGCUACCUGCCCGUUGGCUUCGAGUUCGCCUCCGAGGUGACUUACCCUGAACCCGAGGGCACCACUUCUGGUAUCCUCAAUGCUGUUGUUCAGGUGUUUGGCAUCGUGCUGACACUGGCUUACGAGCGAAUGCUGGAGGCGUGGGGUGACCGCUGGUCUAACCUGACACUGUGCGCGCUGCUCGCCCUCGGCGCCGCCAUCACUGCAGCCAUCCGCUCCGACCUGCGCCGUCAGGCCGCACAGAACAAAGCCUAGGCUGACCCGCCCUAGGGCUGCAGCGUGGCACUUAG